CUUUUCUAUCCAAACCCCCCACUCAACUUAUCUAACAACAUAAAAAAUGGCUGGUGACGCUAAGGCUGGUGCUAAGCUUUUCAAGACUCGUUGUGCGCAGUGCCACACCGUCGAACAGGGUGGUGCCCACAAGGUCGGUCCUAACCUUCACGGUAUCUUUGGCCGCAAGACUGGCCAGGCCUCUGGUUACAGCUACACCAAGGCUAACCAGGAUAAGGGUAUCGAAUGGAACGAAGAAACCCUCUUCACUUACCUCGAAAACCCCAAGAAGUACAUUCCUGGUACCAAGAUGGCCUUUGCUGGUUUCAAGAAGGAGAAGGACAGAAACGACGUUAUUGCUUACUUGAAGGAAUCCACUGCCUAAACUUCCUCUCGCAUUAUAUAUAUUUACACUUACAAUAAAAAUUCACUCUAGACGUACCGAAUCACUGAC